GGGCCUGGGCGGGGCUUGCGGACGGGCGGGCGGGGCCUGCCUUCGUCAUGCGGCGUGGGCGGGGCCGCAGGGGGUUGUCCGUCUGUGGCACGCACAGCAGCCGCAGCCGCCUCGCGCCCGGUCCCGCGGUCGCAGCUCCAGCCGCCUUCUUCGCGCAGCCGCCGCCUCAGCCGCUCGCUCCGUGGGUCGGUCCUCUCCGGCACUUGGGCUCCAGUCGCGCCCUCCAAGCCCUUCAGGCCGCCCCAGUGUCCUCUUCCUUCUCCGGCCAGACCCAGCCCCGCGAAGAUGGUGGACCGCGAGCAACUGGUGCAGAAAGCCCGGCUGGCCGAGCAGGCGGAGCGCUACGACGACAUGGCCGCGGCCAUGAAGAACGUGACAGAGCUGAAUGAGCCACUGUCGAAUGAGGAACGAAACCUUCUCUCUGUGGCCUACAAGAAUGUUGUGGGGGCACGCCGUUCUUCCUGGAGGGUCAUCAGUAGCAUUGAGCAGAAGACAUCUGCGGACGGCAAUGAGAAGAAGAUUGAGAUGGUCCGUGCGUACCGGGAGAAGAUAGAGAAGGAGUUGGAGGCAGUGUGCCAGGAUGUGCUGAGCCUGCUGGAUAACUACCUGAUCAAGAAUUGCAGCGAGACCCAGUACGAGAGCAAAGUGUUCUACCUGAAGAUGAAAGGGGACUACUACCGCUACCUGGCCGAAGUGGCCACCGGAGAGAAAAGGGCGACAGUGGUGGAGUCCUCCGAGAAGGCCUACAGCGAAGCCCACGAGAUCAGCAAAGAGCACAUGCAGCCCACCCACCCCAUCCGAUUAGGCCUGGCUCUUAACUACUCCGUCUUCUACUACGAGAUCCAGAACGCCCCAGAGCAAGCGUGCCACUUGGCCAAGACCGCGUUCGAUGACGCCAUCGCCGAGCUCGACACCCUCAACGAGGACUCCUACAAGGACUCCACGCUCAUCAUGCAGCUCCUCCGCGACAACCUCACGCUCUGGACGAGCGACCAGCAGGACGACGACGGCGGCGAAGGCAACAAUUAAGGCCCCGGGGGACUGGCAGCGCACGCGGAUGCUACUACUGCAGUCUUUAUUUUUUUCCCAUGAGUUGGGGGUCGGGUGGGGGAGGGAAAGGGAGGGAUGACCUUCCCAGGGAGAAACCCACGACCUGUCCUGUCUUUGAUCGCCUCUUUGACAUUUUUGCCAAAAUACCACUAGUGGAAAGUCAGGCUAGCUGUGCUGGUAUUGGAAUAGCAGCCUCACACUGGCGUCUGGACUCUUCUGUAGAUUCAUGCAAGUGGAGCUGUCUGUCUCUAAUUUAACUUAUUGCUAGAUAAUAGGGUUUUCAGAUGAAAAGAAAACUUAAAGAGGAAUGGCCCUCAUUCGUAAGUUCUGUGGUUCCAGUGAGGACUUUUAUGUACAUACGCUCUCGUCUCUCGUUUUGGGUACUUUCUAUCUCAUCUGUCUCGGCUCUGCAUGUUUUCCAGGGUGUAGCCUACAGACAUGGAACAGUGUAAAUCCCAGACUGACAGACUUAGAACCUGAGGUCUCAUUCGUCCUUAUGGUUUAGGCCUUGCCAGUUUUCCGAAGUCUCUGAUUAGUUGACAGUAUUAACACUAAAUUGCAGUUUACAGUAUUUCUACAUUACAGCCAUAUGUAACAUCAAGCCAUCGAUUGUGUACUUUUCCUUUGCUAGUUGUUUGGGCUUUAACAUCCUUAUUCAGCCUUAUCCAGGUUGGUUUUGCUGUUGAUCGGUCUCCUAGGCUAAAUGAGAAAGAAAGCGACUUCAGGUUUUGGUUCAUAGGUGCUCGGCAGGUGGCUGUGGGAUUUUUUUUUUUUUUUUUUUUUUUUGGUCCUUCUUUCCUCUUAACGUAAAUCCACCACCAAAAUUAUUAAUCCUCUUGAGAGAAACAUGAAACGCCACAAAAAUAGAGAAAAUUCAGGUCUGUAUGUCAUGGAUCGUGUUGGUAUUUUCAGAGAACAUCCCGCUUCCAAAGCUGCCGCAGCUCCCUCCUCAGGGAUCACACUGCCGUCACCCACUCUGCACACUGGGGCGUUUCCUAGUGCGCCUCGUGCUGGCGGACGCAGCUGGGUGGAGAAGCUGUGGGGUCGGAGAGGCGUUUGGAGAAGGUCUGUGGUGCAGUGUGUGAAAAUUCAGGUGCUAGAAGCCUACUGGUAGAAAAACCCAAAAGGAAGAGCUAUAUCCUUAACCAUUCUGUCCAAUUUCGGGAGCCUUGUCAGUGUGUCGGUUUUUCCUCCCCGAAGACACUCCUUCCCCAAGUAAUUGUAGGAAGAUAAAAAAAAAACUGUUACCAGAUAACAAACACUGAACUCCUAUUUGACCAGAACCUUUUCCUCUCGAGAUAGUUUUUCUUUUUAAUGAAAAAAGCAUAGAAAUUGGAGAUUGGCUUGUCUCACGCAGCCAGUGCACAUUUGGAAUUGACAGAAACAACAUUGCUAUUUCCACCCAUUUGUUUUCGGCAGCCUUAAGGCCCUCAUUCUCAUUUCGGGUGAAUCUGUCUAUCCGUGAACGUGGCUCGCACGUGCAUUCUUUUUUUUUAUAUAAAGUCAGUGACAAGAGGAACUCCUGAGACCUGUAAUGACACCACACUUGUUUUCUUUGUUUCUUUGUUUUAUUUAGGCAAGAAGAGGUGUGAGUAAUUGAGGAAAAACUGACAGAUGCUUUUGCUAAUACCAAAAUUGAGCUUACAAUUAGGAACUGAGUAUGUGUAACAGGAUACAGGUGACAGUGAAGAUAGAAGAACCACAAUGACCACAGACUCAGUGUGCUCUGUAACAUUGCACAGUUUACCCAGCAUGACUUUCCUUAGGAGGCCCCCUCCUCACGCUAGAGCAAAAGUCCCAGUUAACUGAAGCCUACCAGAAGAACUAGUAGAAGAAGCUUUGCCGCUUUUGUGCCUCUUACAGGCGCCUAAAGUCAUUGCCGUGGGAGGAAAACGAUUGGGGGGGGGGGGGGGAGCGGGGUAGGUGGGGCUUUCCCUAAUUUAUCUUCAUGUCCAGUGAGCAGUGUUGCGUUUUUCCUUGUAGCAUUUGGAAAUGAUUUACUGGAAUUACAAAACCUAUUUUUCCUUUAAAUUUUAGCUUUGGCUCUGGCUGCUUUUUAGAAUAAUGCAAGAUAAAAAUCACACCUGAGGGCUAAAAACGGAGAGGGAAUGGGAGACUUGAUAUUUAAGCAGCUUGAAUGGUUUUUCUUUUCUUUAUUUUUAAAGAAAUGCACUUGCCUAUGAUACUGUCUCUCCAGUGAAAUGAUUACUCCUCCAUUACUCUAUUGAUACAAUAUUGUGCAUGCUAGUGUUGUAUUUCUAUACAGUAGCUUGAAAUUGAUUAACUUAUACUGUAGGUGUUAUGUAUUCCUAUGACAAAAAAAAUUAAGUCUUCAAAUUUUUUAAAGGUUUUUUUUUUUUUAAUUUAAUUUUUCCUUUUGGGGGUAAAGUUUGCUCUACCAAAUAGUGAUUGUAACAAAUUGAUCUGUUUUGGAUGUUGCUAUAGUGACAUGCAGUUAUAUAUUUUGUUUUUAAAAAGGGGGGGAGCAAAAGAAACACCAGUGUUAGCUUAAUCUUAAUGUCUGGUGUUUGUCAUGGUGAAAUUAUAACUAUUACAGUGUCGGAGAACAACAAAUACGUUCUCUGAAUGAGCCUUUGUGCUUUUUGUCAUGUUAUGCAGUGAACUAUUUUUAAGGUCUAAUCAGUGAUUAUUUUUCCAGCUCCGUGUUUCUCUAAGGAAUUAUUUCACACACGGACCAUCUUUAGCAGUUUCCUCAGUGAUGGAAUAUCAUGAAUGUGAGUCAUUAUGUAGCUGUCGUACAUUGAGCAAAUAAACUUACAGAUCUGA